GCUUCUGGUUGUUUGCGUAAUCACGUGACAGCCCCAGCGCGUCUCUGUGAUCAGUGUGCGCGCAGCCGGAGCUGUGGCGGUCACAUACGGGCUUUCCUGGAGAGUUCCACAUCACGUUUGUCCUGUGGUUCUUUCAGUAGAAAGUCACAAUGCCUGUGGUGAAACUGGAGGAGUGUCGAGAGAAGAUUUACAAAGAGCUGAACAACGUUGUGGACUUUUGGCUGAAAUACUCCCAUGACACCACUUAUGGGGGCUUCUUUAAUUGUAUUGGAAAGAAUGGGACCGUUUAUGAUGAGCUGAAGUAUGUCUGGUUGCAGGGUAGACAAGUUUGGAUGUACUGUCGCUUAUAUAGGACAAUGGAUAGAUUCCACAGACCUGAAAUCCUCGAAGCAGCCAAAGCUGGAGGAACUUUCCUCAGGAAGUUUGCUCGUGUUUCUAGUGCCAGCGGUCAGAUGAAAUGUGCCUUCUGUUUAACACGAGAUGGGAAAGCAGUAAAAAUACAGAGGACCAUAUUCAGUGAAUGUUUCUACAUCAUGGCCUUAGAUGAGCUGAGCAGAGUUACUGGUGACAAGGAGAUGCAGCAAGAGGCUGAACAGAUGAUGGCACAGCUCAUCUUCUGGGUUCAGGUUGACCCAACAGGUUUGGGCAGACCCAUGCUACCAGGUGACAUGCCCACCAACAGCAUGGCUGUCCCAAUGAUGCUUAUGUGCCUAGUGCAACAACUCACUGAAGGCCGUGGUGAGGAGGCAGUCCUGAAGUAUAAAAAGUUGAGCAGCUGGUGUGUGCAGCAGAUUGUCCAACAUGUUCAGAGAGAUGGCACAGCUAUCUUAGAAAAUGUGUCAUUGGAGGGGAGAGAGCUGCCAGGUUGUCAAGGCCGGCUACAGAAUCCAGGCCAUGCCUUGGAAGCAGGCUGGUUCCUGCUUGAAUACGCGUCUCAAUGGGAGGACAAGGAGCUGCAGGACACAGCCAUCAAUAAAUUUGUGGAGUUACCCUUCCAGAUUGGCUGGGAUAAGGAGCAUGGAGGCCUCUUCUACUUCCUGGAUGUGGAUGGACACUCUCCCACUCAGUUGGAGUGGAGUAUGAAACUGUGGUGGCCUCACUGUGAGGCUCUCAUCGCCUUCCUCAUGGCCUACAGCAAAACAAAAAGGCCUGGACUAUUGGAGAGAUUCUCUCAGGUUUAUGACUACACCUUCAGCCAUUUUUCUGAUGACGAACAUGGUGAAUGGUUUGGCUAUCUGUCACAAGAUGGAAAAGUAGUUCUGGAUUUCAAAGGAGGCCCUUAUAAAGGGUUUUUCCAUCUCCCACGCUGCCUGUAUAUGUGCGAGCGUAUUCUGGAUGAUCUGAUAGAUAAUGUGGCGUAAGCAUUCUCUGCACUGUGAAAUUGGGAAACAUUUUACAUUUCUUGUAAAUCAAAAUUUGAAUGUAUUUUUAAAGCAUUUUAGCAUUAUUAAUCACUCUUUAAAUACAGAUUAUGAAAUAAAAUACUCCUCUUAUUAGUCUGUCCAUCCAUUUUAUGCACCACUUGUAUUAUUCAGGGAUUUAAAAAGCUGGGGCAGAUGCCACCGGUACUUGGGCAAGAGGCAGGGUACAUUCUGGACCAGUUAUUUUAGAGGAGUCCAGAAAGUAAACAAAUUCAAUGUUACAUGAAAGACUAAUACGUAAUUGUUUUUGUUGUCAGAAAAAGGAACACUCUGAGGCUGUCUCUUUUGAAGUGGGAAAUACAGUUAAGGAAUUAAAAAAUUAACCUUUCAUUUAUUCCUCUUUCAAGUCCAUUCAAUUCAGGGGCUGUAUUUUAGAAGCCCUUUCUCAAUUAUGUGUCAUCAUGUGUGUUUGUCUUCUUUAGCAAUAAAAACAUGGCAUAAACGGGUU